AUGCAAACCCAGACAUCCCCCUUCACCUUAAUCAAGCAAACCAACCUUCUUAUCGAUGGCAAGUUUGUUCCGUCCAUUUCAGGAAAAACUUUCGAUACAUUCAACCCUGCUACGGAGAAGAUAAUUACUAGUGGUGAGAUCUGCAUUGCUGGGAGUCGUGUGUACGUGCAAGAAGGCAUCUAUGAUGAGUUUGUACGUCGCACCGUCGAGGCCGCAAGUGCACGUGUAGUGGGUGAUCCGUUCAAUGCUGCCACUCAGCAAGGACCACAGGUUAGCAAAAAACAGUUUGAUACAAUUCUAAGAUACGUGGAAAAAGGUGUCAAGGAGGGAGCUCGUUUGUUGACUGGAGGCAAGCGUCAUGGUGACAAAGGUUGGUUUAUUGAACCAACUGUAUUUGCGGACGUGACAGAUGACAUGGUCAUUGCUCGCGAGGAAAUUUUUGGUCCUGUGAUGUCUAUUUUCAAGUUUAAGACUAUUGAUGAGGUCAUUGCACGCGCCAACGACUCAAACUAUGGUCUAGGUGCUGGUGUUAUGACGAGCAAUCUUGAUAGUGCCAUAAAAAUCUCCAACAGCAUUCGUGCUGGGUCGGUGUACGUGAAUUGUUAUGGGGUUUGCCCCGGAAAUGCACCGUUUGGAGGCUUUAAGGACUCUGGAGUUGGUCGGGAGAAUGGCGAAUCGGGUCUGCACAACUAUCUGGAAUACAAGACGAUCAUCAUCAAGCGCCCCGACGACGCGAUGCCGUAA